AUGCCCAUCGAGCAGGAACUGUCUUGCUCCUUUGGAAAAAAUUAUUUGGCUUACUUGUCGGUCCAGAGAACGGUUUUCUACCCUCUUGUUGCACAGUGUGGUAUUGGUUGCACAGAAGGGUUGACCUGGGAGCACCAGCGCCUUUGCCUGACGCACAACCAGUGCGAGGAAAUCCUCCAGAGCAUGAAGAGCGGGCUGAGGCAGGCGGAGAACCAACAUCAACUAGGCACCUACCAGAAUUGGCUGGAUGCCAGGUCUCUGCAGAACAGCAGCCACCCGCUGGCCGUGGAAUUCCAGGCCUUCACGUCCUGCUUCUCAAAGACCUGGUCGUGUUCCUGAAGCCAAAGGGGCAGUGGCUGCGGCUUAAAUUGCUUGGGAAGGAGAGCUCCCCCUUAAGCCCCGCUGUUCCUCUCAAGACCCUCCUUGUCCACCCCGUGGCCAAAAGGUGGAGUGGCCAAGCAUGCAGAACAUCAUGGACCUCAUGGGGCAGAUCUCAAGGAAUCUCAAGAGGCUGAAGGUGAGGAGUCUUUUGGGGGGAGGGUGUGAGAGGGUGUCCUGGCAGGCCAAAUAAAUAAGGGUGGGUAUUCCAGUCCCAGUUCCUCCUCUGAAAGCUCUCAGCCCCAAGAAGUUUCCCAUGUGGGCAUGUGGCCCUUGGGGUGGAAUAGAACCCCUUGCCACUCAAAAGUGUCUCAGCUGGGUGAAGGGGGCGGACAUCCUCCCUUGCGGCAGCUGCCCUCCUUCUUAGAGUCCCUAACUCCCCCUCCCCCUGGCUACCCCUUUUGUAGGAGAUAGACAAGGAGUGGUGGGAGUGUUACAGAGGAGAGUCCGUCACAACCUCUCCCCCAUCAUUUGAGAUCAGCAAUGCCUUGUGAAUUGCUGCAGAAGAGGAAUAUCCAGCAGUGGUGGAGCAUUCCCCGCCUGUGCCUGGGGUGGGUGCACCAUGGGGGCAAGGCUGUGGGGACAGGGUGUGCUGUCAGAGCGACCCCUGCCCAUUGCUGCAAAGCUGGGCACACUCACGGUGCCCCACAAGCCCAGCAUCACUUUGUGAGCAGGCCCGCAAGUGCUGCUUUUGCAAGCUACUCAGGACAACUUUGUAUAUGCCUCUAGGAUACUUGUUUUAGCUUUACAGUCAUACCUCGGGAUCAAUAAGCUUCGGGUUAGGCAUUUUCGGGUUGUGCUCCGCGGCAACCCAGAUAUAACAGAGCGCAUUACUUCUGGGUUUCGCCGCAUGCACAGAAGCGCCGAAACGUGACCCGCAGACACAGGUUAUGUUCACUUCGGGAUGCGAACGGGGCUCCUGAAUGGAUCUCGUUCGCAUCCCGAGGUACCACUGUAUUUUGAAAUAAAAAGGUUUUAUUCAAAAUUUGCAGUGUUUUGCAUUCAAAAGAGAGUUUAUAGGCCUUAAUUAGUAACAUUAUUCAUUAUUUUAGUUAUGUGUUAUUGGUUUGUUACUUUUUUUGUUCUUUUCAUAUAUUUUGUGCUUUUUUUAAAAAAAUAGGUAUUUGUACAUUUCCCAGUUUUUUUUGUAUAUACAUCGUAUUUUCCAUUAUAGGUCACUUCUCUUAGGACUUCCCAGUCCAUCACUCUAUGGCAUUCUAGUUAAACUUUAUUUUGCUGCAUAUCCUUUUAUUCCAUUUGUUCCCCAUUUGUUCCCAUAUGUUUCUCUCACUGUUGUUAACUGCUGCUCAUACAAUUAUUCCUACUUGUAAGUUAAUUUGAGUGUUAUAUCUCUUUAAAUAUUCUCCAGAGUUUUUCCACUCGUCUCUUACCUGUGUCUCAUCUUGGUUUCUUCUCUUCACAGUCAUAUUUGCUAACUCUGUGUAUUCUACCAGUUUGUUCUGCCAUAUUUUGUGCUUUUAUGUUGCAUUUUUAUGUUGUGAACGCCCUAAAGUCU